ACACAAUUUAAAUUUGCAUAUUAUCGUGACUUAACGUACAAUGCGGACGUGGUAGUGAUCGGAAGUGGGCCUGGAGGAUACGUGGCUGCCAUCAAGGCUGCUCAGCUAGGCAUGAAGACCGUCUGUGUCGAGAAGGAUAAUACCCUGGGUGGAACAUGUCUGAAUGUUGGUUGCAUUCCUUCAAAGGCUCUGCUAAACAAUUCUUACAUUUAUUAUUCCGCCAAAACCGGUCGUUUUGCAAAACACGGAGUCGAAGGUACAUUCAGUCUGAAUCUAGAGAAAAUGAUGGAACAGAAGAGAACGGCCGUUAAACAACUGACCGGUGGUGUUGCCGCGUUGUUUCGCAGCAACAAGGUGACUCAUGUUAAGGGUUUCGGAACGAUCACCGGUGCCAACGAGGUAACCGUGUCGAAAACCGACGGCUCUAAGCAAAAGCUGAAUACGAAAAACAUCAUAAUCGCCACCGGUUCCGAAGUGACGCCUUUUCCUGGUAUCGAAAUCGACGAGAAGCAGGUUGUCAGUUCUACCGGCGCCCUGUCUUUGGAUGGCGUUCCAAAAAAGAUGGUCGUCAUAGGCGCGGGUGUUAUUGGCGUUGAACUGGGUUCGGUGUGGAACAGACUUGGCGCUCAAGUGACCGCGGUAGAAUAUUUGGGACAUAUUGGCGGCUUCGGAAUUGACAUGGAGGUUUCCAAGCAGUUCCAACGAUUGCUUGUUAAGGAGGGCUUCCGUUUUUUGCUGGACAGCAAAGUGACCGCUGCGAAAAAAGGUGCUGACGGCAACAUCACCGUCUCUGUCGAGUCGGUCAAAAACCCGUCGAAGACAGAACAACUGGUUUGCGAUGUGUUGUUAGUGUCUAUCGGACGGCGGCCGUACACAGUUAAUCUUGGUCUCGAGAACGUGAACAUUCAGCUGGACAGUCGGGGACGAAUCCCGGUUAAGGAGCGUUUCCAGACCACGGUUCCAAAUAUCUACGCCAUCGGCGACUGUAUUCCAGGUCCGAUGCUAGCGCAUAAAGCGGAGGAUGAUGCGGUGGCGUGUGUCGAAGGCAUCGCUGGGGGCGCUGUUCACGUCAACUAUGGUUCCGUGCCGUCAGUCAUCUACACUCAUCCCGAGAUCGCAUGGGUGGGCAAGUCGGAAGAGGACUUGAAAAACGAGGGCAUCGCCUAUAAAGUCGGAAAAUUCCCAUUUGUCGCCAACAGUCGCGCAAAGACGAUGGACGAUGUGGAAGGCUUUGUGAAGGUCCUUGGCGACAAGAAGACCGACCGUGUGCUCGGAACCCACAUUAUCGGUUCGAACGCCAGCGAAAUGAUUGCCGAAGCGGUUAUCGCCAUUGAAUACGGCGCCUCCUGUGAGGACAUGGCCAGGGUUUGCCAUGCACAUCCGGUACGUUGGUUUCUCUUUACUGAAAGGCGUUGCGAUGCGUAUUGUCUUUCAUUGAAGUGA